UGCGCAUGCGCCGGCGCCAUUUUACACUAUUUCCGCUGAAGUUGCGAGGACAGACUUGAGACUAAAAAGUUAGCAAGACGACGAGUCUGUUGCCGCCUUUGUUCUCUUCUCUCCACACAUGUCGCUCAAGGGCCGCCGAUUACUGUUGAGAUAAAGUCGUUUCCGUGACUUUGAAGCCUUUUGCUUUAGCUUAGCUUGCUAGCUGUUAGCUUAGCUGCUAGCAAACAGACGUGGAAGUGAUCAGCACGUGGCUAAGUGUGCGUGGAAAGUGUUGUGAUUGUGUGAAAAUGUGCAAAGUAGAAAUGCUGAGAGUGUUGGUGAAGCAGCGACUAACUGCUGCCGUGGAAGAAAUAUUUGUAGUGUUGGAAAGAACGAUAGCAGAAUACGAGGAGGAACUUUCUAGAACAAAAGAGGAGAACGAGCGACAACGUCAACUACUGGACGCUCUUUUCAACAAACAUCAACAAACAGAUGUUGGUGAAGAACCUCUUUUUCCUGAGCAGCAGGAGUGGACCUCCAGAACAGAGCGGGAGGAGCCACAGCCUCCUCACCUUAAAGAGGAAGACGAGGAACACAGCAUCACUGAGCAUUUUAAAAAAUUGGAGGAGGUGCAAGUGGUUGGUGUCAUCGUGAAGAGUGAAGACGAUGAGGUCAAAGGUGAAAGUGAGGAGAAGGGAGAGGCGGAGCAUCCAAGCAGCAGCUCAACUCAGCACGUGACAAGAGAAGGUGAUGGUGGAGGAUCACAAGCAGACUUAGCUCCACUGUCAGAUAGUGAGGACACAACGUCACACCCUGCUGACACUGAUGAGGAAGACUCUAAAGCUGCUCAGACGUGUCUCACUGACAACACUCCCUUGAAAUGCUCUCACUGUGACAAAACUUUCACUAACCACAGUAAGCUGAAAAGACACAUGCAGUGUCACACAGGAGAGAAACCGUUCAUGUGCUUAGUCUGUGGCAAACGGUUCUCCCAGAAAGCACACAUGAAAGAACACACCAGGACGCAUACAGGCGAGAGACCCUAUGCCUGCUCAGUUUGCAGCAAGAGUUUCACUCAUGCCUCAACUCUGAUGAGACACUCCGGCACACACGCGAGAAGACACGCGCUCGAAAGCCCGUACGCCUGCUCGGUCUGCGGCGUAGGUUUCCUGAAGACGUCGCUCAUGAAAGAACACGUCAGAACGCACAGUGGAGAGAAACUCUUCUCCUGCUCAGUCUGCGGUAAAGAAUUCUUCCAAGAGUCACGUUUGAGAGAGCACUCAAAAACGCACGCCAAAGAGAAACGUUUCGCCUGCUCAGUUUGUCGCCAAACGUUCUCGCAAAAGUCGUAUCUGAUUAUACACGCGAGAACGCACACCGGGGAGAAACCUUUCAUCUGCUCAGUCUGCGGCAAAAGAUUCGCCCACCGGUCAAAUUGGAUGAGACACACGCGAACGCACACAGAAGAAAUACCAUACGCCUGCGCGAUGUGUAAUAAAAGUUUCUCCCAAAAGGAGUAUUUGAUAGCGCACAUGAAAACGCACACGAGGAAGAAACCAACUCCCUGCUCGAUCUGCCAUAUAUAUUUUGUUGAUCGCUCAGCAUUGAGGAAACACUUAAAAACACACACUGGCCGCAAUAUUGAUCCCUGAAGAUAGACUUCACUGUUUGGGGAUGUUUGCAUGCUAAUGGUGUGUAGGAACCUACUUUUAGUCAUCACAUUAUUAUUAGCAUGAUGUAUCUGAAUGAAAUAACGUCACUAACUUUAAACUUCUCCUCGCUACUCUGUGCUUACUUUGAUUUUCAGAGCUCUUUGUAUAGUUUGUGUAAAGUUGAGCUCAAGAUGUCAUUAACAAGACUGUUUGACUGCUAUUCUAUUUUUGAUGGCCUCCACACAUAUCUAACUACUCAAGACCUCUGUCCCACUAUUCAGCAUCUUAUACUGUACUCUAGUCACGAAGGAAGAAUGAAAGUUACAUAAUAAAAAUGUUUGAACAUCCAA